CUGAAACCAACUGUUCCCACCUCCUCCUCUCUCAUUGGUUGACGUCUCCAGGAUUUACUUGCGUCGAUGCUUCCUGAACUUGACUAGCAGCAGCAGAAAAAUAGAAGAUGUUGGUCCUGGUGCUAGGCGACCUCCACAUCCCCCACCGCUGCAACACGCUGCCGGCCAAGUUCAAGAAGCUGCUGGUCCCGGGGAAGAUCCAGCACAUCCUGUGCACGGGGAACCUGUGCACCAAGGAGAGCUAUGACUACCUGAAGACGCUGGCCGGGGACGUGCACAUCGUCAGGGGAGACUUCGAUGAGAACCUCAACUACCCGGAGCAGAAGGUGGUGACGGUGGGCCAGUUCAAGAUCGGGCUGAUCCACGGCCACCAGGUGGUCCCCUGGGGGGACAUGGCCAGCCUGGGGCUGCUGCAGCGGCAGCUCGACGUGGACAUCCUCAUCUCCGGACACACGCACAAGUUUGAGGCCUUCGAGAGCCAGAACAAGUUCUACAUCAACCCCGGCUCGGCCACCGGGGCCUACAACGCACUGGAAAGCAACAUCAUCCCCUCCUUCGUGCUCAUGGACAUCCAGGCGUCCACGGUGGUGACGUACGUGUACCAGCUCAUCGGCGACGACGUCAAGGUGGAGCGCAUCGAGUACAAGAAGUCCUAGGAGCCUGGGUGGAGGAGGAGA